CACAAAUUUGAAAGUGCUGACUUGAAUGACUGAAGAGGAACUUAUGCUGCCAAGAGAUAUUAACCAUAGUUAUCGCAUGGCAUGUGGCCAAGCUGGAGUGACAUUGCCUCUGUUCUCCGGUUGGAGUCAACUGGCUAACGUUAGCUAAUACAGAUGAGCAGUCGACUGGGCGACCGAGGCUGCCAGUAACUGAUUCAGCCAGACUAGCAAGGGGACGUGGAUUUUUGAGUUACGCUGAAUUACAACUGAUGACCAACAUGAUGAUUACCCUUACAUAGAUUCUGAGGAAGAUGAUGAACACAGAGAGACGGGUGGUGGAGGAAUGGCUCUCAGAAUUCAAGACGUUACCUGAAACCCAGAUCCCCGGCUACGCUGGCAGCCUCCAUCAGAAGAAGCACCUGGUGACUGCGCUCUACCGGGUCAUCCAGGACCCGCACAACGAGCUGCUGGAGCCGGUGUGUCACCAGCUGUUUGAGCUGUACCGUAGCUCUGAGGAGCGGCUGCGUCGCUUCACGCUGCAGUUCCUGCCCGAGCUGCUGUGGGUCUACCUGCGCCUGACCGCCAGCCGCGAUCGCCACAGCAACGGCUGCAUCGAGGCCCUCCUGCUGGGCAUCUACAACCUGGAGAUUGUGGACAAAGAAGGCAACAGCAAGCUGCUCUCCUUUACCAUCCCAUCACUGUCCAAGCCCUCAGUCUACCACGAGCCAUCCAGUCUAGGCUCCAUGGCGUUGACAGAGGGAGCCCUGUGUCAGCACGACCUGAUCAGAGUGGUUUACAGCGGCCUGCAUCCACAAAGAGAAACCUUCACAGCGCAAAACAGGUUUGAGGUGCUGUGCUUCCUGAUGCUGUGCUACAACUCCGCCGUGGUCUACAUGCCCCCCUCCUCCUACCAGGCUGUCUGCAGGAUGAGCUCCAGACUGUGUGUGUGCGGGUUUCCGCGGCAGCAGCAGAAGGCGUGGCGGGAGCCGUGCAACCGCGUGCAGCUGGACGCCGACUUCAUGGUGCAGAUGCUGACCGCCGUCUACCACGCCACGUACAAUGGAGAGUGGGACAUGGGCAGAGAGGCACUGGAAGACAUCCUGUACCGAUCCCAGCUUGAACUCUUCUCCGAGCCCCUCCUGCUGGGGAACGCCAUGAAGCGCUCGCUGCCCGACUGCGCUCCCGACGGCUCGCGGGGACGAAAGGUCCUGCAGGUGGAGGUGACCCCAACGGUCAGCCGCAUCUCCCGCUCCGCCAUCACCGCCGCCUCCAUCCGCCGACACCGCUGGAAGAGAGAGGAUUGUUUUGACUACUCCACUGAGGACGAGCUCACCCUCGCCAUCCCUCCCCGCCGACACGCCGCCCACCAGGACCACCCGCCGGCGGCCAGUCAGGACCGAGGAGGGCGGGGUCACGUCGACAUUCUCGCGGUCACUCACGAGGAUGCGGACGGGAUGAGCGGUGGCGAGGAGUCCUUCAACCUCAACGACCCGGACGAGGGCUUCUCGUCGGGCGCGUCCAACAGCAGCCAGCCCAGCGUGCCCAAGCCCAGCGGCAGCAGCACCCGCAGCAGUGGAGGUGGCGGCAGCGGAGGAGGUGGUGGAGGAGGAGGAGGAGGAGGAGGAGGAGGUGGCAGCGGAGGGGUCACCCGCGGCAGCGGCAGCCAGAAGAGCAGCAGCGGCAGCAGCAUGAAGAAGAGCAUGAUGAGCCGCCUGUCCCGGGACAAGGAGCGCGACCGCGACAAGGAGCGCGAGCCCCCGCCCGAGAAACACAAGGAGCCUCCCGCUGCCGCCACCACCAUCGUUGUCCAAAUGGCGGCGCCGGUCGAGCCCCAGCCACCUCCACGCCGACACCACCACCACCAGCAGCAGCAGCAGCAGCAGCUCCAGCAGACGCCGCCUCCGUCCCCCCCCACGCCCCAGCCUACGCCCCAGCCCACGCCCCAGCUUGUGCACCCGACCCCCGCCGCCUCCCCUCCCACCCCUGCCCAGCGGUCGUCCUCGUCCUCGUCGCUCCCACCGCCGCCGCCUCCGGUGCUGACGGUGGACGACCCCGUCGAGCUGGACGGCAUCGAGCUGAGCCUCAUCCAGCGGCAGCCGAGCCUGCCCUCGGCCGGACUGCCCCGCGCCCGCACGGCCAGCACCUCGUCCAGCCGCUCCCUGGACUGCACGGACACCAGCUUGAACGGGAGCAGCGCGGGCGGGGUGGCGGGCGGGGUCGCCGGCGGCAUCGGGGGCUCUCUGGGCACGGGAGUGGACGCUGGUGGAGUCGGAGGAGGAGGGUCUGGGUCCGCGGCGGGCCAUCGCCACUCCACCAUCAGCCUGCAGGAGGAGCACCUGGCUGGGCAGAGGGGCGCCCAGGAGCUGCUCUCGCCCGGAGCUCCGCUCACCAAGCAGUCCCGCUCGCCCAGCUUCAACAUGCAGAUCAUAUCGCAGGUGUAGCGCCACACACACACACACACACACACACACACACACACACACACACACACACACACACACACACACACACACACACACACACACACGCACGCACACAGAAAAACACCCCACACAUACACGUUAGCAGACAGAAACUGCACCUAUUUACCAUCACAACUACUACAACUACUAUGACGACUACUCUUCCUCCUUCCUCCUCCUCCUCCUCCUCCUUCUUGUCGUCCUUCUCCUGCUGUCCUUCCUCAGCCUCCUCUUCACUCGUGGCUCCGUCAUACAGGCAGCCUUGCUGCCAGCCUGGGGUGCCAGGAGUGGAGUUUCGCCUGCCUGCUGGAGAGGAGGGGGG